AUUAAGUGCCCACAGGGUACCGGAAAACACUUACGUAUAAGACGAUGAUAGAUGAAGAAAGGAGAGAGUUACCUGAGACCGCCCUUUAUGAUUCAAGAUCAUUUUUCAACAGACCUAAGCUUGUAGCACAAGAGGGAUAACAAUUCUCAAUGAACACAUGUGUUAUAAAAUGAUAUCUCCUACACAGAAAAAGUUUAAUCAUACAGACGAGUCUGUUGAAAAAAUCAUACCAAAACUGGACCAACGAAUGGUGUUCAGUGGUCAACCCAGUUCACCGUAUGUUAAACGGAAUAUCGUAUUAGAAGAGUGCUCCUUUGUAGAAAAAUUCCUUAAAUGUAUUAUAUGUGAAGAAAUUUACAAUAAUGACGACCGCCAACCGAAACUUCUUCCAUGUCAUCAUACACUGUGUCGUAUCUGCAUCAUUCAAAUGUUUAUAUCAGAAGCUGAGUAUCGAAGAAGCUUGAUUAACGAUCUUCCAAACGCAGUGACGAUUAUUUGUCCGCAGUGCUCUAAAAGCUUUAUUUCUACGCACGAAGGAUUACGACAAUUACCGACCGAUCAUAGAGUUAUACAGCUUCUAGACUUUUUUAGUAAUAAUACUGACAGACAAACCGUACAAUAUUGUUCUAUACACGAAACACAACCUAUCAAUUUCUUUUGUGAAAGUUGUAUUGAACCAAUCUGUCGGGAUUGUACUAUUGUAGAUCAUACCGAAGCCAAAGGACAUUACGUGCGAGAUUUAGACGGCGCUGUAAAGCAUUAUACGCCAAUUAUAGAAGCAGCCAUGUCCGACUUGCAAUCUGAAAAAUCUAGUCUUAAAGAGAAACGUGAGACGCUUGAACAAUCAAUUGAAACAUUUGACAAGGCAGAACAUGAUGUUGUAGAACAGGUUAGAGGAUCGUUUGCAGCUCUGAGAGCCGCAUUAGAAGAGAGAGAAAAACAACUAAUCGCCAUGGCAGAAAAAGAAGUUGGAAACGAGAAACAAAAAUUCCGUGAAAAAAUCGAUCUUAUCGAUAAAAGAACCGAGGAAGUAGGUGAAAAGUAUCAGGAACUACAGAAAUUAAAAGAAGAAGGAAAUGUUGAGAAAAUGUACAAAGUUACACAAAAUUUAUCGGACUACAAACCCUCUAGCACACUUAGAAUUAGGGAAAUAGACGAUGGUACAAUGACUAAAUUCACGUUCAAUGAUCGUGAUGAGAAAUAUAUAUCCAACCGAUUACAAAAUUACGGUGAUAUAAUCACCAGAAUGGAAUCGUCCAGAAGUUCCGUAAGCUCUGUAAGCUCUACAAGCAAUACAAGCUCUACAAGCAGUGGUUAUACUCCUUCUUACCGAUACUCCUACUAUCGACCAUGAUAUAAUUUGGUGGACUCUCCAUACUCUUGCCUUAAACUUAUGGUUAUAUUAAACUUCGUCCAUGCUUGCA